ACAAGAAAUGCCGGAAUUCGUUUUAUUUGCGGCAAAUUGUGCGUUAAAAUAAAUAACACAAGUUAACUAUUUUUUCAAGUUAAAAUCGUCUACCUCAAGCCAAGCACCCGAAACCUGAGCCGGUAACAAACAUGUCCGGUAUGCCCGAGAAGAUCUGUCGUAUCUGUGUGGAGACGGCUAAACCAUCCCGCCUGGCCAGUUUGUUUGAGCAGACUGUCGAAAACCAACCGCUGUACGAAGUGCUGUCGAUGGUGGGAAACGUGUCAAUUGCGGUCGUCGAUGGUCUCCCGAGGUUCUGCUGCAAACGGUGUUUGCGGAACGUUGAGAUUGCCUAUAAGCUACGAGUGUUGUGCCAAGAAAAUGAUCGUAAACUUCGAGAGGUAUUGAGUGAGAAACUUCAACCUGUUGAGGGUGUAAAAGUAGAUUGUGCGGUAAAAUCGAGUACGCAACAUGAAGAAGAAGCGCAGCUGCCGAGGUCUAGAACUGAACACCCCUUCAGAAGAAUCCAACAACUGCCCACAAAACCUUAAAAUGGAAACCGAAGAACUUGAACAAAAAAGGGAACGCACAAAACAGAAAGGUAAAUUUCCGGAUGUUUUUGAUGAAAUCCCUGCUAGUAAACUUUGCUGCUGUGGUUGUCGGGCCAGAUUUAGCACAGCCGAAGAACUGAAGCUCCAUGCUGCAAGCAAACACGCGGUUAACAUCAUACCCGAACAGGAGCUCGGUGGUCGUUUGCAGUGUGGCGUUUGCUACAAGGUUUUGAACGAUAAAAAAACCUACAACAACCAUCAGCAAAUCGGUAAGGUAAACUUCCGCUGCCGAGUUUGUGGUGAUAUUUUCACGGCCCGAAUUCGUGUUUGCUUGCACUACGAACGACUGCACGGUCCGAACGCCUCUGUGUCGGAUCAGUUUCGAACGUGCUGCGGUUGUGGGAAAAAGUUUGACUCUAACGAUGAUUUAAAGAACCACUCGGAUGCGGUGCAUCUGCCGGAAAAACCGGCUCCGAAUGAAAAGCGACCGUUUGUGUGUGACGUCUGCUAUCACAAUUUUCCCAACGAUUACCGGCUGUACGCGCAUCAGUCCCGACGGAUCAAGUACGCAAAGGUUCAUCAGUGUACGCAGUGUGGCAAGACGUUCAUCGGUGCGGGUCUUCUACGGGAUCACGAAAUCUAUCACAGCGGAGAGAAGGCUUUCCAGUGUAAGCUUUGCCCGAUGGCGUUCAGCAAUAAGGACACCUUUCGGAGGCACGUUCAACGGCACAGAAUGCCAGAGGAUAAGUUUCAGUGCGAAGUUUGCGACCGACGCUUUAAGACGAGCAAAAAUCUCAAGGAACACCUGAUUCUACACACUGGCGAGCGGCCACUCGCCUGUCCGCAUUGUCCGGCACGCUUCGUGCGUGACAGUUGCCUGAAGUUUCACAUUCGAACCCACACCGGGCAGAAAAACUAUCCCUGUCCACAGUGCGGUAAACAGUUUCCCUGCAGUUCCGAUCUCAAUCGGCACGUGCGACUGUUCCACGAAAGGCAAAGGCCCUAUCCGUGCUUUUACUGCCCCAAGACGUACCCGAGAAAGGAUUACCGCAAGAAACAUGUCGAGAGUGUACAUGCGACCGAACUGGCGCAGAAUCCGGUUCCGCCGUUGGAACUGGCCGGUAUUAAACGAUGGGCGUGAUGAGACAGGUAAAUAAUAGUUCAUUAAGCAGACAGUUUGUGAAGUAGAGAAAGAACGAAAAUAAGCGAACUGAAAUAUGAUACAGAUUUGGAAAAAUAUACCGCAUCCCGACGGGAAAAAGCCGUUGUUAAAAGUAGAAAUUCAGUUCGAGGUAAAUUUUAGUCUUUUUUUUUUCAAAUAUGCAUAAAAUGCUGUAGGUACUUCAAUUGUUUUAUUAUGUGUAUUAAAAGUCAAUUUCAAAAGGAGAAAGUAAAGUUUUAUGAAACGAGUUGGGAUCUAAUAUUCUUCGAAAUCUCGAGUGAUUCAUCACACGAAAACAGACUUAAUUUUUUUUAAAUGUACAGAUUUUUGAAAU